UUGAGAGAGAGUGGUGCAUGCACUUCUGAUAUAUGUAUAGAAAGAGUUACUUCUUUUACUACAAUUCAGUGAUGAAGAGAGGCACUUUAAAAGCCGUGCUGGUGGCAGCAGCAGUGGUGGUGGUGGUGGCAGCAGUGCAGGCCUCGGCGGGGCUGAGCCCGGAGGCCUGCAAGGCGGAACGCACGGCCGGCAUCAACGCCUGCAAGCCGGUGAUGUACGGCCAGCCGCCGAGCCUGCAGUGCUGCCAGUGCCUGCGGGGGGCGCACGAGGAGUGCGUCUGCCCGCUGAUCACGCCGAAGCUGGCCGCCCUCAUCGAUGUCGGCCGGGCCGUCAGGAUCGUCGAGAGCUGCGGCCGGCAGGUGCCCCGCAACUACAAGUGUGGCAGUAUCACCACUCCCUGAAAUCUGGAGAGUAGAAGCAUGAGCAGAGACUAAGUAUGGACAAAGCAUGCAAGAAGAUCAUGAACUAGUAGAAUGAAUAAAUCUGCAUGGAAAAUACUGGUGUAAUUUGCCUAUUUAUUAGUAUUUGAGAGAGCAUAUGAUUAAUGGAUUGAACUAAGAUUGUAUUGUCUGAAGGCCAUAAUACAGAUAAAACUGCCUGAAAA